GCCAGGGCAGAAGGACUCGGCCUGAGAAACCCGAUUCGAGGUUUUUCCGGGGGGUUUGUCCAGUCGAAGGGUUUUGCCGCUGUGGCUCCCGAAUUUUGCUUCCGAGGCUGGCCUGGCUGAGGGCUCAGCGCGCCCGGCCCCACCCUCCAGGUGAACCUAGAACUCCCCCAACCGGAGUCUCAUUCUUUUUCCUGCGAAACUCCCGAUGCUGCCUGAGGCUUGGACCCAACCUGAGGGACCACAUCUGAGAAAACCCUGCCUGUGUCUGCAGUAUCCGCUUGAAUUCCUCAGGUUGUUCAGGAAUGGAGAAUCUCCAGCAGUGUUAAAUAUAUGACCAUCAACUUAGGAGAUGGCUGCUUUGCAAAGGAAAGGGCUUCAGGCAAGGAUUCUCAGCGCUGAAGAAGAGGAGAAACUGAAAAGAGACCAAGCUUUAGUGUCUAAUUUUAAACAGCAAAAACUGGAAAAAGAGGCUCAGAAGAACUGGGACCUUUUUUACAAAAGAAAUAGCACUAAUUUCUUCAAAGAUAGACACUGGACCACCAGAGAGUUUGAGGAGCUCAGAUCAUGUAGAGAGUUUGCAGAUCAAAAAUUGACUAUGCUUGAAGCUGGCUGUGGGGUUGGGAACUGUUUAUUCCCGCUUUUAGAAGAUCCGAAUAUCUUUGCCUAUGCCUGUGAUUUUUCUCCAAGAGCAGUUGAAUAUGUCAAGCAAAAUCCUUUAUAUGACACAGAAAGAUGCAAGGUAUUCCAGUGUGAUCUGACUAAAGAUGACCUUCUGGAACACGUGCCCCCAGAGUCUGUGGAUGUUGUCAUGUUGAUAUUUGUGCUCUCUGCGGUUCACCCUGAUAAAAUGCACCUUGUCUUACAAAACAUUUACAAGGUAUUAAAACCAGGCAAAAGUGUCUUGUUUCGCGACUAUGGGCUGUAUGAUCAUGCCAUGCUUAGGUUUAAAGCCGGCAGCAAACUUGCAGAAAACUUUUAUGUUAGACAAGAUGGAACCAGAUCGUAUUUUUUCACUGAUGAAUUCCUGGCACGGCUCUUUAUGGACACAGGUUACGAAGAAGAGGUGAACGAGUAUGUGUUUCGUGAGACGGUGAAUAAAAAAGAAGGCCUGUGUGUGCCGAGGGUUUUCCUUCAGAGCAAGUUCCGAAAGUCUCUGAAGAACCCAACUCCUGUGACCCUGCGCCUGGGCCACGAGUCCUGACCUUUUACGAGGUUGAUGUCUGUGCCUCCCCUUGAAGAGGAAAGUUUAAAGUCACUCUUUUUAUUUUGUGUACUUUUAUAUUUUAACUUUUUAAAAUGAAUAUAUAUACUUUUUAUAUUAAAAGGUAGCAA